AACCCUUCAUUUCACCCCCAAAAAUUUCAAAACCCUAGCCUGAAUCUUCCCUCCGAAGCGAUCGACUAAGCUUUGCAAAGAUGUUGGAACUGAGGCUGGUGCAGGGAAGUCUGCUGAAGAAGGUGAUGGAGGCGAUUAAGGAUCUGGUGAACGACGCGAAUUUCGAUUGCUCGGCCACAGGAUUCUCGCUGCAGGCCAUGGAUUCGAGCCAUGUCGCUCUGGUUGCGCUGCUGCUCAGAUCGGAGGGGUUUGAGCACUACCGGUGCGACCGCAACAUUUCCAUGGGCAUGAACCUCAAUAACAUGUCCAAAAUGCUCAAGUGCGCCGGCAACGACGACAUGAUCACGCUCAAGGCGGACGACGGCAGCGAUACUGUCACUUUUAUGUUUGAAACCCCCAAUCAAGAUAAGAUUGCAGAUUUUGAGAUGAAGCUUAUGGACAUAGACAGUGAGCAUCUUGGAAUUCCUGAAGCGGAGUACCAUGCUAUAGUCAGAAUGCCAUCAGCUGAGUUUGCAAGAAUUUGCAAGGAUCUUAGCAGCAUUGGUGACACUGUCGUGAUCUCUGUAACAAAGGAAGGCGUAAAAUUCUCCACAAGAGGCGACAUCGGAACUGCAAAUGUUGUCUGCAGGCAAAAUUCAACUGUCGACAAGCCCGAAGAAGCAGUGGUAAUAGAAAUGCAUGAGCCCGUUUCCUUAACAUUUGCGCUGCGAUAUCUCAACUCCUUCACUAAGGCAACUCCAUUGUCGAACUCGGUCACCAUAAGCCUGUCUUCAGAGCUUCCGGUUGUGGUCGAAUACAAGAUUGCAGAAAUGGGAUAUAUCAGAUUCUACUUGGCGCCGAAGAUAGAGGAGGACGAAGAAGAGACUAAGCCUUGAGGUAAUUGCUCGCGAUAUACCGGUAAGCUCUUUUGUGCGCCAUUUCUUGUAUAUCUUUGUUGCUGCGUUUCUUUUCAAGUUUCAUCGUUGGUUUAGGAGACAUUAUGCUGAAUUUGAAACAUGGUUCUUGAGCUUUUGAGAUUUUCUUUGAAGUUAAUUAUGUAGGAUGAUCAUUUCUGUGGUGUUCA